GUGAUUUCAAGAUGGCAGCCCCCGUUGUAAACACACGAGAUAUGGGUGUGACAAGUGAUGUUUCUUAGCGUGUCUUUGAUAAUUAUUGUCUGAAACACGUUAUUUCUGAAACUGAGGACAUACUACCCGUGGUUGGCGAACAAUAUUUGUGAGUGGACAAGAUGAAUGUCCAGUAUGAGAGGAUUGAUGAGAUCGCAGGGGAGGAACUGCGACCUGACCACUACUACCAGAUGGAAAGAGAUCCUACUGGGCCAGAAAGAAGAUGGCCUAAAGUUAUUGGAGUUGUAGAAAUCAUUAGUGGAUUUGUUACAGCUUUCUUAGGUGCAAUGGAGGUGUUUAUAGUGCCAAUGACAGACAACAUCCGUGAUUCAGAUGUGAUUUACUUGAAUAAAACUAACUGCUAUGGUGCAGGCAUUCUGGCAGGAAUAAUGAUGAUAUUAACAGGAAGCACAGCCAUACGGGCAUCGAUCAGCAAACGAGCUUCAACGGUGUACCGCUUCUACAACCUGACCAUGCUGACUCUGGUUCUCUAUGUGGCCAUAACUAUCUUCCUCAUCACAGGCUACGGACUUGGCUGGACGGUCAAGUCAAACUACCCACCAAAUACUCACAUCCAUGAAGUCCACAUCUUCGUGACAGUCAGCACAGUGCUGGGUCUGAUGUUUGUUACAUCGGCAUUUGUCAAGUACUAUGACCUUGUGUUCUAUGGCGAGAUGCAGCUCGCCAAGAAAUGGCUGGAGUGUCUAACUUGCUGCUUCAGCAGGAGGUUACAGCAAACCGAGUAUCAACAUUGAUAGAAAGUUUUUUACAAGGGGGGUCGCAAACAUAUUCCAGAAUGGCUACAAGAGGAAGCCAACCGGCAGGCUUACCCAUAUAGAUCUCUCGCACGUGGUCAUCAGUGCUUCUGUUGCCAGUCUGUCCACUGUUGUGUUCCGUACUCAAGAACAUGAUUUAGAACUCUGACACACAGCAAUGACAAAGGAGAGUUAUCUGCCCUGAACUGGAUGUAAAGUGAUAUACCGGUUUGUUAAGUGUUUAGAGUCAUUUCGAGAUGAAAUAUUCCCAAAGGAGCAGUAUAACAGUCUUUGUAUAUAUUAUGUUCAUCCUGGUGAAAUAUAUCCAUACCUUUAGUUUAAAAUGAUUUAUAAAAUGAAUCAGGGUGUAUGGUGAAAGGGGCAGUAGGGCAGCCUAGUGGUCAAAGCGUUCGUUCGUCACGCCGAAGACCUGGGUUUGAUUCCCCACAUGAGUACAAUGGGAGAAGUCCAUUUCUUGUGUCCCCCACCGUGAUAUUGCUGGAAUAUUGCUAAAAGCAGCGUGAAACCAUACUCACUCGAGGGUGAAAGUGGAUUGUUGAAAUGUCAUCCUGACCAAUUUAACUGAAUUUAUUUUUUCUUUUCAAACUUGAUUCUCAGUUUCAGCUUUAAAAGAACAUCCAAUUUAGAUUUGUAUUGAAAUUUGUGCAUGUGAAAGAUGUGUUGGAUGUUUUCUGUUUAUUGAUCUCCAAUUAUCUCAAGGUUAUAGAAAUACAGUAGUGCUGUUUACGUAUGAUGGUAUGUCUGUUUCAUGUGUGAACCACAAAAACAAUGCUGAAGGAUACAGGUGACCUGCUCUUGUGCUGAUUGAUUGUCUAUGCUGUCAUCCAUUGCAUCUUAGAUGGAGACUAAUAGAAAUCCAAAUGCUGAGUUUUCUUUAACAAAUAUGUAAUUCUUUUAUGACGUCAUAUACCUUUGAAAAGUCAUUUAGCAACGUUUGAUGUACCAGUAUGCUAGUGUAGGAAUGUAAUGUUGCACCAGAUUAAUAUCAGCAUUUUUGUGACAAGUGGUUAUAAGCGCAGUGUACUUUUACUGAGGAUUAUGCCUGAGAAUAGUAUCAGAUGCAUCAAACAAACAAACAAACAAAUAAACAUGUCUUCAAGAGCAGAUUAUCACCUGGGAUCUCAGUUAGUCUUUACAUGAGCAUUCUCAUAUUUAGCCAGGAUUUUGGAUUUUGAAUUUUGUAAGAAAAGAAAUUGUGAUGUAAGCUUUUGGUUGGAAGUCAGGCCAAAAUAUUAUUAGUUGUAGUUUAUUUGUAUGUGUCAUUUCAUUCAAUAUAUUUCAAUAAAACCCAUGCAAAAUUUAUCAAGAAACACUGAAAACAUUGGCAAUUCAAAGCACAGCAUUAUGAUUAUUCCAUUGUUUGGUAUAUUUCUCCUCAUCGUAUCACAAAAUUGGAAGCAACUGAUAGAAGUCUUCCAGUUCAAGAUAAGUAAAAUUCUCCAUGUGGAUGACUUCAUUUACCAGAAGCUGGAUGGCAUCCUUGAAGCAGACACUUUUUGUGGUGUACUGAAAACACUUAAUUUCCUGUUUUCACAUGUCAUUCCGCUGUGGUGCAGAGCAGUGCUCAUAUUUAAGAGUGUUCCUGGAUCCUUGAUGUGUGCUGCUGUAGAAUUUGAAUUUGCGACCCACUUUAAUCUGUAACUUUUAACUUUAGUUUACCCCUUGAUUUUUAUGCAAAAUUUUAAACACUGCAAAUGCACUCACAGAUAAUCUCCACGCCACAAAAUGCAAUGUAUAUACAUAUACCAGUAGGUAUAAGCUCUUGUACUGAGUAUAAAUGAACUUUGAUGAAAAGAUUCUGUCUGAGAAAUAAUUUGUUGAAGUACUUGAUGUUUGUAAAUUAUGGUUUUUCGAAUAAAUGAAUGUAGUAAUG